AUGUGCCCUGUGUGGUGUUUGCAUCGGACUGUAUUGGCAUUUGUUCUGGUAGCCGUGUCUAGUUCACCGUCUGCCACUCAAAAUACUGUUAUUUCAGGUAUUCCCCUAUCAUCUGUUACGGGGACAGUAACACGGGUUUCGUCAGUGGUGGGCGGUGAAGCAGACCUACCUUGCGAUUCCCGCCCGCCGCAACGAAAUGACAGCUUACUACUCGUCGUGUGGUACAGAGAUGACAACCCAGUGUACAGUUUCGACACGCGAGUAUUGGGCCCAGCAGGUCACUGGUCCGAUGACAAAAACUUCGGUGACCGAGCGAGAUGGGUUGGUCAACCGAAUUCAGCUCUACACGUCCGAGACGUACAAUCACACGACAGGGCUAUAUACAGAUGUAGAGUCGAUUUCCAAGUGUCGCCCACAAGGAAUUACAGAAUCGCACUCGAUGUUAUCGAGCUCCCAUCUAAGCCGAUGAUCUUUGACGAGUUCGGCAAAGAAAUAACCGGAAUCGCCGGCCCCUACAACGAAGGUGGAGACUUCAAGCUUAUUUGCUCCGUAAACGGGGGUAAUCCAACACCACAAGUACAAUGGUUGCAAGGCGACAAUGUACUGAGCACGUUAGGUGCAAACGAACUCCAGCCUUCAGGAAGCAGUAGGUCAUUGACCCUCGUUGUAACUAACGCUACGAGGGCGCACUUAUCAUCCGUGUAUACGUGCACGGCGGAUAACACAUUGCUAUCCCCGCCUCAGAGAGCGUCUGUCCGCAUCGAUUUGUAUCUGAGGCCGUUAUCAGUUGAAAUUUUAUCAAGAGAACAACCUUUAUCAGUGGGGAGGCAGGCUGAAAUAUGGUGCAAGUCUACUGGUGCAAGACCGCCCGCCACUGUGACCUGGUGGCUUGGAGGAAAACAACUAAAUUCAGUAACAAAGCAACAGGAACUGGACGAUAGAAAUGAGACGCAAUCACUACUAGCAUGGACACCUCUAAAGGAGCACAACAGAAAAGUACUUACAUGUAGAGCAGAGCAUUCAAAAUUCAACAAAUCAACAAUAGAAAGCAAAUUACCUUUAAAUAUUUAUUAUGUGCCGGUCGCUACAAUGCAUCUAGGUGCCAAGAUGAACCCAAACGAUAUCGAAGAGGGUGACGAUGUGUACUUCGGAUGUGAAGUCGAUGCCAACCCACCCGCUUAUAAAGUAGUGUGGGAACACAACGGAGUAUUACUUCAAAACAAUCCGUCUAAUGGAGUUAUCUUAACUGGUAACACUAACCUCGCUCUUCGCAACGUGUCUCGUCAUCAAGCUGGCACAUACACCUGUACAGCAUCUAACGUAGAAGGAGAUGGGAAGUCACCGCCUUUAAAAAUGCAAAUAGUUUAUAGACCGUUAUGCCGAAAAAGAGAGGUGAAACUGAUAGGUGCAGCUCUCCAAGAACCAUCUAAAGUGGAAUGUGAAGUAGACGCUUUUCCGCCUCCUGACACAUUCGAGUGGAGUCUUAACAAUUCAGUCGGCUCGAUAAAGGUCGACCCGGAUCGUUUCACCGUGGACGCAAAUGGAGGCAAAUCUGUGUUAACGUAUAUCCCCGUAUCAGACAUUGAUUACGGCACCCUAUCAUGUCGGGCGACCAACCUGGCUGGUCAACAAACAAGUCCUUGUGUAUAUACGCUGUUACCGGCUACAAGACCCGACCCACCUUCUAACUGUUCAGUUUACAAUUUAACUGAUGACUCAUUGGACCUGACGUGCCUUGCAGGUUACGAAGGCGGUUUACAAUGUGUGUACAUAGCAGAAGUUUGGGCCAAUGAGGGUCUAGUAACGAAUUCUACGAAUGGAGCAGCAGUAUGGAACCUUCGAAGACUUGGUGCUAAGAGGCAUCUUAAAUUAGUAGUAUAUGCUGCCAAUAGCAGAGGGAGAUCUGAGCACGUCACCUUUACUGUUGAAACUGCUCCACGACUGUCACCAAGAACUGAACCGCAAGAACCAUGGGAAGUAAACUGGGCAGUCGGUGGCGUGUUGGGUGCGGCUCUAACCGUCGCAAUCAUUUUAUGCCUCGCGCUAAUAGCCACGAGGUUACGUCACCGAGCGAGGGACUAUGAAGUGACAAUGCAAUCAACGAAGAAUCAAAAAGCAACACUUCAGAAGCGAUCCUCUCCCGACGACCGCAACCCGGAUCUUAUUCCACUUAGUAAAGGAAUAGAUUGUCCACCAGACCCACCCCAGUACUCGACGGUGGUAGCUAAGUCAGAAGCCAAGAACUCCACAAGUUCUCAUAGCUUAGCACGAACACAUUCACCUACAUCCCCUGUGUCCACACCACACGAGCUACCAAACGAACGCCUCAACGGUACUUUGAGAUCGCAUCGAGAAGUAGUAACGACUAGAACACCGCUCCUUGCGGCACACCAAGAGAGUUGCGUU